UCCCAUAACAAGACACGGGGUUUUUAGCGUCUUGAAUUGGUCGAGGGAACAUGUCAACAAGACACGGGGUUUUCAGCGUCUUGAAUUGGUCGAGGGAACAUGUCAACAAGACACGAAACCAACAGUCCUCGAGCUGGCUCAUAAUGAACAAGAGGAAAAUGUUACAUUGAGAGAAGGAAAAAUGGAUGCAACACUCAAUUUUGCACAAAUUUUGCAAGUUAUUCACUUUUGUUCUCUGUCUGCCAAAUGUCUUCUAUAGUCUGUAUAAAAUUUUAGCCUGCAGUUUUAUCAGCUUUUCAACUGUGAAUUCAAAAACUAAGACUCAGAAUGUACCAAGUAGUCCCAGGAGGCGCAGGAGGAACAAUUACUGAUGGCAUGCCCAUCAAGAAGAUAGACAAGGACAGUCGCCCUCUGGUGGGGGCUGGAGUUAUUGGUGUGAUUCUGGUGAUUGCAGCAGUGACUGCAUGGUGCUAUUAUAUUGCCUCCCUACGUAAAGCUGACCUGCUGAAGACAGAAUUGCUUGAUUUGAAUAAGGAUGGCUUUCUCAUCCGUAACCAGGCUGGAGGGAUUGUCUUGAAGAUGGGCUUCAGAUCUGGCACGCUUGAUCUAGACUCCUGCUCGAAGGAGGGAGUGAUCCUUCGCUGCUCACGUUCGUUUGCUGGCAAGGUGAACUUCUUCAUUAUGACCGUAAAGCCAAAGGAAACGGUGAUGUGUUACCGUGUGCGUUGGGAAGAGUUGGAGUCAGACCGACCUGUGGAGCACGCCAUGUCCUACAAUGAAUCGCACUGGUAUGGUGGUGCUGAGACUGCUGUUCAGCAUUGGCCUAUUGCCAUUUUGGGCCAGCAGGCACCCAAACCUUUUGUCACCAGUGACGUGUACUCCAAUCGCCAUGACUUCGGUGGCAUCCUGGAGCGCUACUGGCUUUCGUCCAACGCGACUGCCAUUAAGAUCAAUGACUCUGUGCCCUUCCACCUGGGCUGGAAUGAUACAGAGAAAACCAUGUACUUCCAGGCACGAUAUCAGGACAGUCCAUACAAACCUGCACCUGGAAGGCCUCCCUAUGCUGAGCUUAGUUACAGAGUCUGUGUGGGCCCAGAUGUGACCUCUAUCCACAAGGUCAUGGUUCGUCGAUACUUCCCUAAACCCAACAAAGUGCCUGCCAAAGAAAUGUUCUGGCACCCAAUAUGGUCCACCUGGGCUUUACAUAAAACUGACAUCAAUCAGGAAAAGCUUUUAACUUAUGCAGAGAAUAUACGCAAACAUGGUUUUAACUGUAGCCACUUAGAACUUGAUGAUCGUUACACCAGUCAGUACGGGGAAUUUGAGUUUGACACACAGAAGUUCCCAAAUGCUUCUGCCAUGUUUCAAAAGCUCAAGGCAGAUGGCUUCCUGGUAUCCCUGUGGACACAUCCCUUUGUGAAUUAUGAUUCUACCAAUUUUGGGCCAUGUGUACAGAAAGGGCUGUUCGUGAUGGAGCCUACAGGUCAACUUCCUGCCUUGGUUAAGUGGUGGAAUGGCAUUGGUGGAAUCCUCGAUUUUACCAAUUCAGAAGCUCGCAACUGGUUCAUGUCCCAGCUUCGCUCUUUACGCCACAAAUAUGGUGUUUCUUCCUUCAAGUUUGAUGCAGGUGAGACCAACUACUUGCCCUGGCAGUUUAGAACUCGAGUUCACCUCCCCGACCCAAGCACCUUCACUCGUCGCUACACCGAAAUGGCCAUUCCUUUCAACGAACGUGCUGAACUUCGGUCUGGCUACAGCUCUCAGAAUAUCUCCUGUUUUUUCCGUCCAAUCGACCGGGACUCUGUGUGGGGCUAUGAACUUGGCCUGAAGUCCCUGAUUCCAACCGUCCUCACCAUUAGUAUCCUGGGCUACCAGUUCAUCUUGCCAGACAUGAUUGGAGGCAAUGCCUAUCCCAACCGUACUGAUGGAAACGGCAAGCUGCCAGACCGUGAGCUCUAUAUUCGGUGGCUGGAGCUGUCUGCUUUCAUGCCUUCCAUGCAGUUCUCCAUUCCUCCAUGGGAGUACGAUGACGAGGUGGUGGCUAUCGCUCAGCGGUUCACCGAACUACAUGAGACACUAGUGGCUCCCAGGGUCAUAGAACUGGCUGGAGAAGUACUGGACACUGGGGACCCCAUAAUUCGCCCAUUAUGGUGGAUCGCCACCAGUGAUGAAACGGCUUAUAGAGUUGACUCACAGUUUUUGAUAGGAGAUGACUUGAUGGUGGCACCAGUACUGGAGCCGGGCAAGCAAGAAAGGGAUAUCUAUCUACCAGCUGGACGCUGGAAAAGUUACAAAGGAGAACGAUUUGACAACAAAGAGCCAAUACAUCUAACAGAUUAUCCAGUUGAUCUUGAUGAAAUUGCUUACUUCGAAUGGGUUCAGUGAGACUUAUGGCAAGCAUCUGGAGUUUUGAGCAUGUCUUCCAUUAAAAGGGUUUGUGAAGAUAGUAAUUAAUUUUUUUUCUUCAGGGAAUUUAGUUAUUCAUCCAGGGUUUAAAUUUAACAAAAACAGGACU